AUGGCAACCCUGGAAACCGGAUUGUUUCAUAAGGAGGAUUUUGACCUUUAUGCUUCUGUAACAAAAUAUACCCCUCAUUCCCUGAGGGUGGUGAGAAAGGAAACACAUGCUGUCGUGGUGCCGGAGGCCUACAUCUGGAGUCAGAGUUUCCUGAAAGCUGCAGGCUACCACUUGAGGAAUGCCUUCGACAUAACCGUUCCGGCGAGGAGCAAAACCUUUAUGGACACCGGUUUGAAGAUUGAGCUCCCAGAAGAAUGUUACGGAAGGAUUGCACCUAGAUCGAGUUUGGCUGUGAAAAACUGUAUCGGCAUAGGAGCUGGAGUAGUCGACGAGGAUCACCGGGGAGUCCUAAACGUUGUGUUGUUCAACCAUUCUGAUACUGACUUUGAGCUCAGAUCAGGAGAUCGCAUAGCCCAACUCAUUUGCGAAAAGAUCUACUACGCAGUUUCAGAGGAAAUUCAGGAAUUGGCAGAUACUGAACGUGGCGAAGGCGAAUUUGGAUCCACUGGUACCAAUUGA